AUGGAAGGAGGGCUAGAUCUCAACAAAAUGAUUAAGUUCACUGAAGAGGCGCAACAAUUGACUGAUUGUAUAGAUAGGCAAGCGAAAAGGCCAAAUGUUUCUCUCUCAAGUAUUGACCAAACGCAUUUGGAUGAAUUGCUAAACCACUUGCAAUUUCGUCGAGCUAUGAAACAGCAUGCAAAAGAUGUGAAAGGUGAUUAUGAUCAAGUGUGUAAACGAGGAUAUAUGAGCUAUUUAAGUGACAAUAUCUCUAUUCCCUCUAAAUUUAUCUGUUAUGAUCUGAAACCUAAGAAAGAUCUUUUAAAUAUCAACGAUUCCUCACUACCUUAUAGUAUAACUAAUUCACGUGAUGCACUUGCAAUUAUCGAAAUGGCACUUGCUAAAGGUCCCAAAGAUAAAGCAACCACAGACAUUAAUUUUCCUAUUAGAAUGAGGUGCAACUACUUUCGUCGUUUGCAAUAUGGAGAGGCAUUUGAAAACAAGGUAGAGGGGCUGGAUCUAUUUCUGAAUAGGCCUAAGAUCAAUUUUGAAUUUAAGGAUGAUAUUGCAAACAU